GUAUAAAUACCCGUGGCAUCAAAGAUCGAAGACAUAACCCACUGAGACAACAGCAAUAAUGAAAUACUUUGUGAUCUGUGCUUUGGCUGCUCUCGUCCUCAUCCAGGCCGCGUCGGGAUUCAAAAUCAGGCGUGUUGUCUAUGUGGUUCCAGUGGCGUCAAGUACCACAACAAUUGCACCCGUCGCAGGAUCUAGUACGACAGUUUCGAGCGUAACAACAACGGCUCCACCCAAGGUGAUAUACUGCUCCUGGAAGAACAAUUGGUGUCGCCCGGCCUCGAACACGAUGACGAACUGCAAGUGGGGCAUCUGCAAAUACACUGGCUAAAAAUGCUAUAGACAUAAUUAUCAAGUAGCCCAACAAUAAAAUAAACAAUCUUCAAACAUAUUGUAGCACAA